GAGCAGAUGAAGCAGCGAGAGCAGAGCCUGAGGAAGGUGGAGCAGGAGAUGGAUAGUCUCACCUUCAGGAACCAGCAGUUGGCUAAGAGGGUAGAGCUGCUGCAGGAGGAACUGGCUGCCAGCGAAGCCAAGGGCAAGAAGAGCAAGAACAAAGGGGACUCCCCCUCCCAGCAGGGCUUGCAGCAGACCCAGAGUGUGUUUGAUGAGGACCUGCAUAAGAAGAUCCAGGAGAACGAGAGGCUUCACAUCCAGUUCUAUGAGGCUGAUGAGCAGCACAGGCAGCAGGAGGCCCAGCUGAAGGUCCGGUUGGAGGAGCUGGAGAGAGACCAUGAACAGCACCAGGCCAUAGUGGACGGACUCGCCUCCAAAUACAUGGACACUAUCGAGAGACUACAGAGUGCCAAGGCCAGACUAGAGGUGAAAUCCCAGACUCUGGAGGGGGAAACUAAUGAGUGCAGAGUUCAGACAGAGGAAUGUCAGCAGCAGUUGAGGAAGUGUCAGUCAGAGCUCAACAGACAGGUGAAACAGAGCAGUUGUGUCAUCCAGGAGAAAGUGCCCUUCAACGACACCAGAUUCAGUGACUACAACAGCCUCAAUGUUCCACCACACAACAGAAGACACCAGUUGAAGGCCCGAGACGUGGCUGGUCAGGCCCUAGGCCUCGUCCAGGACCUAGUGGCGGCUCUGUUAAACUUCCACUCCUACACAGAGCAGAGGGUGCACAUCUACCCCCUGGAUUCCUCUAUCGAACCCAUCUCACCACUCAACCAAAAGUUCUCCCAGUAUCUACAUGAGAAUGCAGCCUAUGUGCGCCCCCUGGAGGAAGGACUAGUGCAACUACACCAGAGCAUACAAGAGGACACAGUAACAGUACUGGAGACUGUGGGGAACUGAAGGACUUCGCUGAUCAUUUUCACAUCCUACACCCACUUUCUGCAGAAGAUUCUACCAUACCAGCUCAAAAGGUCAUCUGGAGGAAAGUGCAGGGCUCCUUUGUGUACCUCCUCUCUCAUUCUCUAAGAACCAGGAGCUGCAGAGGUGCAUGAAGAGAUCACGUCAGUGUUCGACAAACUACACAGCUACAUCAUCCUACUGGCCUUACCUAGUGUUCGACAGGACGCCAUGCCCCAGAGCAGUUGCUCUGCUGUCUUCACCCAGCUGGCUGCCUGUCUACACAGUCUUCACGAUGCCGUCAAAGAGAUGUCUAAGCACUACAGCCAGAAGGCCGGUCUGGAACAGCAGUUGCCUACAGUCACUCAGAAGCUCUGCACCACUAACGAGUGUCUGCUGGCUUCCCUGGGCAUGCUCACCAACACCACCGACAAGAUUGCGACGUUCUUCAGCAACAACCUGGAUUUCUUUACAUCUUCGACAGGCUAUGGUCCGAGAGGGGGGGUGGGGGCCCUUAACCCCCUGCAGGCAGAGAGCAUGCUGGGUAACAAGAAGAAGGCUUCUGACUACAUGCACGCCAUCAGAAAGCCCAGAGCUGAGUCUGUUCCAUACAGAGAGGCCCUGUUGAACCGCCGUGUUCUAACCAGCUCUACAGAGAGCAGACAGGGACUCACACAACAGGUGAUGGCGAGCCAGGAGAAGAUCGCUCGUCUGGAGCAGGAGAAGGAGCACUGGCUGCUGGAGACCCAGCUGGGCAGGGUGAGGCUGGAGAAGGAGAGCCAACGCAUCCAGGACUUGGAGACACAGCUCUCCUCUGCCCUGGGAGGAGGAGGAGGAGGAGGAGGCAGCCCAGCCUCAGCCCUCUCCCUGGGUCUGGGCAGCCCAGCCCUCACCAGUCUGGAUGAUGGAGAGCUGGAGGAGAGAGGAGUAGGGAAGGACGCUAUGAUAAGCACCAGUCUGGUUGGCAUGUUGACCACAACUCCUACCAACGAGGAAGUGGGAGACGAGGAGUCCAGAGAACAGCUGAUUAAGGCUCACUACAUGGCCAGAGUAGGAGGACUCACCACACAGCUACAGGUCUCUGACAGCAAGGCUGUUAACUUCCACGCUGAGUGUCGAGCCCUGUCCAAGCGUCUGGCCAUUGCAGAGAAGUCACGGGAGACGCUGACUGAGGAGGUCAAAUUGGCUAAUCAGAACUUCACACGUCUGCAGGAUGAGCUUGCCACGACCAAGAGGAGUUACAAGGAACAACUCAGUAUGAUGAGCGACCACCUGUGCAGCAUGAACGAGACUCUCAGCAAACAGAGAGAGGAGAUUGACAUACUCAAACUGAGCAGCAAGGGAAACUCCAAACUCCUAAAGAAGGGUCGGUAGGAAAUGAGUCCAUUGGGGAAACUGGCUCCAUUUUGGAUCAGCAGCGCACCCUUAACUGAGAGAAGGGCUGGACUAUGGAACCACCCACCCACUACAGCCCUGCCAGCUCCACACCACCAUACCACCAAGAUGGAGGACCCUGUUAGACUUCUCCAUCAGAGGGACGCUAUUGUGGGGGGGAUCUCUACCACUCUGCUUAAAGGAAUUGUGUUUCUGAUUUGACACAGAUAAUGACUUUACGUGUCAAGUGCUUCCCAGUGUGUGGCGGAAGCAGCUGCUUGACCCUUUGCACUUUGGUUUGUGGGAGGAAGUGGAAAAAUGUAAAGGAAAGAUUAUAUUAUUUUCCUCCCCCACCAACUGGUCAGGUCAUGGAUGCUGACUACAGUCAGGGAAUGAAGACCACCUGGCCCUGAUGGUUAGUGUGUCUUCUCUCUGUGCUAAAUGUGGAAAUGACGGCUAUUUGAAAUAUUCAAUUUGCUCUUAAGUGGAAGGAGGAUAUCGUGUGAGCAAGUGAAGUGUUAAAUUGUGUGCCUGUCUGGGUUGUUGUCUUUGUCUAAUAGUGGGACUGUAGACUGUCAUGCCAGGCUUUGAGGGACUGCUAAUUAUUAUAACUACAUUUUAUAUUUGGACUAUUUUUUUAGAUUCAAUGAAAGAUUAUUUGUGCAAAUGUUGUGACUUGAGGGACUACGUUCAUUAUAUUUACCACAUUUUACUUGAAGGGCUGCCCCAGAUGAAAUUAAUCAAUGAGUGACAUAUUAAUUAGACACACUAGCCUUGGCUGCCCAGGCUUCGCUGUUUAGCGGAGGCCUAAGACCGAGGCUAGACACACACUUGCAUACAUUCCCUUAAAGCUGGAAUCCUUGAUGGUGAAUUAGCCACGUCUGUUUGCGAUAUUACAACAACAAAGAAGUUAGGAUUUAAAAAAAAAAAAAUUACAACGUUCCUCAGCUCCGCUUUGUUAACAAAACAAUAACUGCCGUGGGGUGGAGAGUAGCUCUGUUUCCCCUACUGAGAAUUCAAUUUUUAUCUAGAUGUCCCAUCUGUCCUCGAACGAAUGACAUGGAAUAGAUCUGACCCGAUUACCCAAUCAAUUCUGACAUGACAGAUCUGUUCCACACGUUACAUUCUAUUUGAACUAAAUGAUCUGUGAUGUUGCACAAGGUAGAGUUCAUAAAAUGGUGUCUGUCUGUGAUGUUUCUCUAGUAGUUGUAACACRAAAGUGUGUAUGGAUGUGCACUGAGGAGAACUAUGCUUGUGUCCCAAAUGACACCCUAUUCCAUACGUAGUGCACUACUUUUGACCAUUGCCUUACGGGCCCUGGUCCAAUGUAAUGCACUGUAUAGGGAAUAAUGCGGUGCCAUUUGGGACACAGCAUGUCGCACCAGUCUUCAAACCCAUGUAUCAUGUAUGGAGAAAAGGGUUUAUGUGAAUAUAAUACAUUAUUGUACCGUGUACUUUAACAGAAAUAUACACAAAAAGAAAGGCAUUCGUUUAAGGUUUCCCAUAACUAUUUUCCAUGAUGACCCAAUGAAAUUACUAGUCGAUGAUCAAUGGAAAAGAGCAGAAACACAUCAAACUAAUCAAUCACUCACCUGCAUUUAGUACUUGAUUAUUGGGGCCCAGAGAACUGAAAAUAUUUGCCUAUUGGAAGGCAAUACACACACAGGUCUGCUCUUUUGAACCUCCAGUAAGACUAUCAUGGUUUGUGUACCCAUUACAAUUGUAUUAUCGGCGUGUUGGCAAGCUAAGGUAGUCUACCCCUUGUCUGYCAGUGUAGUGACUUCUCUAACAGUUCACAAUUAACAGCAGGGUUGUGUUCAUUAGGGCACACCAUAGCUAAACUUUUAACAAUAAAAAAUGAAAGUCCAAUUAGUACGUUGCUGUUUCACUCAGUUUUUGAACAUUUUCUUCCAUUUUGUACCUCCUGAAAACAACCCUGGACUCUUAUUGCUUGUGUGUUCUAGUGACAUUUAUAGUGUGGCCAAUAAAAUGAAUAAUCUUAUCCUGUGCAUUGUU